UUGUUGGUCGGUUGUCAGGAAUGGAAAGAGGAGUUCAGAGAUGGGCAGUUGAUAUAUCAAAGUGGGACCCAACUCCCCAAGACUUCUCCUUUGCCCUCUCCCUUCUUCCUUUGCACGACCACAACUCCAUCAUCAGAUUUGUACGGUUGGAAGAUAGAAAGAGGGCGCUUGUGAGCCGACUGCUUCAGUAUGCUCUUGUACACGAAGUUUUGGGAAUUCCCAAUAAUGAAAUUGUCAUCAAGCGCACUUUGGAAGGCAAACCUUAUCUAGAAUAUGGUGAGAUUAGCACGGAAUUCCCGAACUUCAACUUUAACACAUCGCAUCAUGGUGACUAUGUGGCUAUAGCUUCCGAGCCAUUAUGCCUCGUGGGGUUGGACAUCGUCUCUCCUGUCAUUCCCUGGAAAGAGACAGUUAUUGAUUUCAUUUACAAUUUCUCCUUCUAUUUUUCAAGUUUGGAAUGGGAUAACAUAGUUUCUGCAGGCACUUGUGAUGAUAUUUUGGUUGAAUUUUAUAGAUAUUGGUCUCUGAAAGAAGCUUAUGUCAAAGCAAUAGGCACUGGAAUAACACAUGGCUUGGACAAAGUGGAGUUUCAUCGUAGCAGCUUGGCCAACAUUUCUGUUAAAAUUGCUGGGAGGGCUAUGCCAGAAUGGAGAUUUUGGCUCUCUGAGCUGGGAAAACGGCAUUUGGUAUCAGUAGCAAGAGGUCACCCCAGAUCAGCAACGGAGAGUUACAAGAAAACGUUAAAACAUGUAGAGUUUGAUGAUGAAGAAUUCCACAAGGGUCUUCAUCUUCCGAACAUGGAGUUCGUCUUUCGAACCGUCGAACAACUUGUUCAAGUUUUGUGCAAAGAGGGUUACAGUAUACCUAGAAUUCCUAAUACCAAUAAAGCAGGCGAAAUGAAUAUCGUUCAUGAAUAUUUCAUUUGGAGACUAGAAUAUACCCUACUACCAGCUGUGAAGAUUGUGACAGAGAUUAUCAGUUUGCAAACUGAGCACAAAAUUUAG